AUGGGGAGCGCCAGUGUUGUUUUGAAGAAGAAGGACGGGAUUUUUCGGUUAUGCAUCGAUUACCGGGGACUUCACCGAGUUACAGAGAAGAACAUGUACCCUCUCCCAAUGAUUGGUGAGUUGUUGGAUCAUCUGAGGGGUGCUACUUGGUUCUCCAAAAUGAACUUGGCAUCGGAUUAUCACCAGAUCCUGAUAGAUGAGGCAGAUGUUCGUAAGACAGCGUUCAGGACGAGAUAUGAGCAUUUUGAGUUUGUGGUCAUGCCUUUCGGUUUGACUAACGGGCCGGCAGCUUUUAUGAGGUUGAUGAACGACGUGUUCAGAGAGUAUUUGGAUAUGUUCGUUAUCAUCUUCAUCGACGAUAUUUUGGUGUAUUUAAGGGGUCCUAAGGAGCACAAGACUCAUGUGAGAUUGGUUUUGAGGAAGCUGCAGAAGCUGAAGCUUUUCGCCAAGUUGGGCAAGUGCAGUUUCUGGCAGCAACAGAUGGGAUUUUUGGGUCUCAUUGUUUUUGCAAAGGGAGUUUCUGUAGAUCCGGCGAAGAUUGAGGCUAUCAGAGAUUUUUGGAGAGAUUUCAGAGUUUUUGGGUCAAAUCGAAGUGUUGUUCAUCACCAUCUUCCUCCUUUCUCUCUUUCACACCGUUUUGAGGUGAGUUCAUGA